GCCCCACCCCCCAGGUAGCCAAGGGCACCCACAUCCUCAUCCCAUUGGGUGAGACCUCGGCCACCGGUUGGACAGCGGAGGAAGAUGACAAGGAGGAAGGGGUGGAGCCUCCCGGGAGCCACGCCCUCCAGCUCCGCCUCAAAGCCCCGCCCGAUGCUCCCAUUGGUCGGUACCAGAUCAGCAUCAAGACCCGGACAGGGGCAGGGGAAUAUGCGGCCCCUUUUGACAGCACCAACGACUUCUUCCUGCUCUUCAACCCCUGGUGUCCCGAUGACCAGACCCACAUGGAGAAGACAAGCGACCUUAACGAGUACGUUCUUAACGAGACCGGGAGGAUCUUCUAUGGCACCGAGGACCAGAUCGUCGAGAGGGCCUGGAACUAUGGGCAGGUGAACUCCCUGGACGACAACGGGGUCCUGGUGGGGAACUGGACCGGGGAUUAUUCCCAAGGGACCAACCCCUCGUCCUGGGCCGGUUCCGUCGAGAUCCUGCGGAGCUACCAUGGCACCGGUGCCCCUGUGCGCUACGGGCAGUGCUGGGUCUUCGCUGGCGUCAUGACCACUGUGCUGAGGUGCCUGGGCCUGCCCACCCGGACCGUCACCAACUACAACUCAGCCCACGACACCGACGUGUCUCUCACCACCGACAUCUACUUCGAUGAGAACAUGAAGCCCCUCGAGCGCCUCAACACCGACUCCGUCUGGAACUUCCACGUCUGGAAUGACUGUUGGAUGAAGCGCCCUGACCUCCCCCCAGGAUACGAUGGGUGGCAGGUGGUGGAUGCCACCCCUCAGGAGACCAGCAGCGGGCUGUUCUGCUGCGGGCCCUGCUCGGUGACGGCUGUAAGGAACGGGGAGGUUUUCCUCAAGUACGACACCCCCUUCGUCUUUGCUGAGGUGAACAGCGACAAGGUGUACUGGCAGCGCCAGCCCGGCGGGGCCUUCCGGGUGGUGCACGUGGAGGAAGGAGCCAUCGGGCGCCGCAUCAGCACCCUGGGCGCAGGGGGAGGGGCCCGCCUGGACAUCACCCACCAGUACAAGCACCCCGAGGGUCAGUGCCUGACCUUUGACCCCUUCCCCAAGAGCCCCCAACCCCGGACCCUGCGGCUGCGCCUCAGCCUGGGCGCCGUGCGCUACACCGGGGUGGCCGCGCCGCCCUUCCGACAGGAGCAGCAUCGCAGGACCCUGAGCCCAGGGCAGGAGGAGGCGGUGUCCAUGGCAGUGCCCUAUGCGGAGUACGGGCCCCACGUGGGGGCGCAGGAUGCGCUGCAGCUCACGGCUGCUGCGGCCGUGGAGGAGACGGGGCAGGUGGUGGCCAAGGAGCUGCGGGUGCGGCUGCUGGUGCCCGAGCUCACCCUGACGCUGCUGGCCCCUGCCGUGGUGGGGCAGGAGACCCCGGUGCAGGUGGUUUUCCAGAACCCGCUGCCGGAGCCGCUGGGAGGAGCCUCCCUGAGGAUGGAGGGAGCCGGGAUCUCCUGCCCCAAACCCCGCGCCCUGGG